AUGAAGACGUAUCCAUUUUUACUAGAUAAAUUAUUGAGAGAAUUUUCAUUUGAUUUCGUUAUGGGACAAAUAAGCGAAGAUUAUAAAUUACUUAAUGCAGACCUGCUUCAAUCGUUUCCUAACAAAUGCGUAAACUACGUGUUGUUCGUAUACGAUAUCAUGAAGUGCAAGCAUUUAAUUGGAAUACAACAUACUAAUAAAGUUGUAAUCGUAUCGUCCUCGUCGCAAUGGAGAGUACAUGAAUUUUUGCAUAGCGACAUAUCGCACAGUUUUGUCAACGUUCUUGUUGUAACACAAUCCGAUAAAAUAGUUUCGGAAAACGAGUGUUUUACUUCUUUUAUUUUUAAAAACAAAAGGAAUCUUGAUAAUGAAGGAGAUGCUUCAUGGGACGGCGUGGAAGUUAGACUUAUUAAACUGAUUGGAACAAUUUUCAACUUUACUACAGAUUUUCGCGAAGCAAAUGAGAUCAACACUUUGGGACAAUCCGAAGCAGUUAUCAAACAAAUUAUACAGAGAAAAGCUAAUCUUGGUAUCGGCGGCAUUUAUGUAACUGACGAAACAAUUUCUAAGGUUGAAAUGUCUCAACCGUAUACUCAAGAUUGUGCCGCCUUUAUAUCCCUUACUUCUACUGCUAUGCCACGAUGGCGAGCUAUUAUGGGCCCUUUCCACUGGACUGUAUGGUUAAUUCUUACCCUUGUUUAUCUUCUUGCAAUUUUUCCGUUAUCCUUCUCCGAUAGACAUUCCCUGAAAUACCUCUUCAGAACUCCUGAAGAAAUGGAAAAUAUGUUCUGGUAUGUGUUUGGGACAUUUACAAAUUGCUUUACGUUUAAAGGGAAGAGAUCAUGGACCCAAUCUCACAAAUAUGCUACCAGGAUUUUAAUAGGUUUCUACUGGAUUUUCACCAUUAUAAUAACUUCUUGUUAUACCGGCUCCAUUAUUGCAUUCGUUACUUUACCUACAAUUCCUGAAACAACAGAUACAGCGCAGCAGUUUUUAUCAGGUCAUUACCAAAUUGGAACACUGGAUAAAGGCGGCUGGCAACAUUGGUUUAACGACACAACUGACCCAGUAACUCAGAAACUGUUGAAGAACCUGGAUUUGGUUCCAACUGUUGAAGAUGGAUUGAAAAAUACCACUAAAGCCUUUUUCUGGCCUUACGCUUUUCUGGGUUCCAAGGCACAAUUAAACUAUAUUGUCAGAACAUCCUUUACAACUAAGAAUAAGAGGGCACUUCUCCAUAUAGCAAAGGAAUGUUUCGUACCUUUCGGAGUUAGCAUUAUAUUCAAUAAAAAUGAAAAUUAUAGGGAAAUUGUGAAUAAAGGCUUAUUGCGAGCUGUAGAGAGUGGUUUUCUGGUAAAAUUUACUCAUGACGUGGAAUGGGAUAUGAUCAGGAGUUCAACGGGAAGAUUAUUACAGGCAAAUUCCGGCGGCUCUUUGAAGAUACUAAUAGAGGACAGAGCACUCACGUUGAAAGACACGGAAGGAAUGUUUUUGUUACUGGGAUUUGGAAUUAUUUUGGGAGGAAUCUCUCUUCUCACGGAGUGGUUGGGGGGAUGUUUUAAUCUUUGUAGAAGGAGACGUUUGUCGACAAGCUCUUUAUCUAGUAACCCGUUUUCUUUUGAUGAUUUAACCCCUAGAGAAAAAAUUGAUUCUAUAGCUUCUUUACAUUAUCGUGAAGAAAAUUUGACAGAUAAAAAACAUGAGAAGCUGAAUACCGAAGAAAUGGAAGAUAAAAUAACAGAUUACGAUAUAAAAGAGUGCUUCGAUAAAAUUUUGAAUUUUUCUGAAAAACUUGAUGGAUUUAAUGAUAAAGAAAAGUCCAAUGAAGAGGGAAGCAAAUGUGACACGAAAGUGAUUAAAAUAGGGAUCAAAUAA